AUGUCGACUCCAAUCACGACUUGGAAGCCACUUCUUGGCUCGCCUUCAGCUCGCUUAUCACGAGGAACUCCCUUCACGAGCUCUUUGACCGGACGAAACCACAAACUCUCUUCCACGUCCAUAUCAUGAGAGGCACACCCUCGCUAGAGAGCUCGAGAAUCCGUCUUCAUUCCAGACCAUCUCAGCCUUCCUCUACUUUCUCACCGGGGACUGCUCCAGAUCUGCAUCAAAAUGGAAGAAUACCAAUAUAAAAACCUUCCGCUUCAUAGCUCGUCGAUUCGUGUAUUGCACCUUCUUCCCAGUGUUGACGAUAGUGUCAUACGAUGCAAGCUCGUUGUUUAUCCGCUUCAAGAAGCGAAAGAAGUCACGUAUCAAGCUAUCUCCUACUGCUGGGGCGAUGCAAAUGACAAACUCGAGAUCUAUGUAGACGACAAAGUUCUUCGGGUGAACCGGAAUCUGUGCGCAGCACUCCGCCGCUUACGCUCUAGCAAUGAAGUCCGUCUGCUAUGGUCAGAUUCUGUCUGCAUUAAUCAAGAAGACAAAAAAGAAAAGGCAUCACAAGUUCAGAUGAUGCGUCAAAUUUACGAGCACGCUAGUAGCACGCUGGUUUGGCUGGGGCCUGGCGAUUCGUUAACCCCUUGGGGAUUCGAGCUCAUCCCUCGUCUCAUUGAAGCUGGGAAGUUGAGAGAGGCCAAUGGCGAUGAGCGCCGUUUGACACAUCUGACUGCCGAGGAACGGAAGACAUACGGCUUGCCAUCGCAGUAUGAACUGUCUUGGAGAGGACUAUUUGGAAUUUUUGAGUUGCCUUAUUUUUCCCGGGUUUGGAUCAUUCAAGAAGUGGCUGUCUCGAAGUUUGUGGAAGUGUUCUGCGGCGACUCGCUCUAUUGUACGUGGGAUGAUCUUGUCGAUGCUACGAACGUGGCAUUGUCUCUUCGUCUGGACGUUCUGCACAACACUUAUGACUCUCGCCUCCUGACUCAUAUCAACAGCGCUCGUGGGCUGUUUCAAUUAGGAAUCGAAAGGCCUCUUUUAAGUGUGGUGGAGCAAUACCGGUCUUUUAAUGCUUCGGACAACAGGGAUCAUGUCUACGGACUGUUGGGCCUUUGUAGCCAAAGUUCCUUGCAAAAGCUCAACAUUGUUCCUAAUUAUGAUAAAAGCAAUACAGUUAGAAUGGUCUUGACGGAGCUAGCGUUGAAAGAGCUGAUGCACAGUGGCAACUUGGAUUUGCUUAGCAUUCCCAAAGCGAUAGACGUGCCUGGUUCUAAUCUUUCGCUUCCUUCGUGGGUACCAGACUGGACUAAGGCUGCACGGUACGCACCAUUCCUUAACAUCGUAGGUUCGAGUGCUUUGGAAGGACUUGAAGCUUUCAUAAAUCAACAUUCCGAACAAGGACAACAAAGUGAGUUUCCGAGUUUCGCAGCUGCUGGCUCGUCGCGGGCCAGCGUGUCCAUAGAUCAUGAGAAACUUGAUCUGAGACUGGAUGGGUACACUGUGGACGAUGUCACGGCGGUCGGAGCUAUGUUACCGGACAGUCCGAACUCACCUUCAAACCAAGGAUCGGUCAGCUUAGGGGACAUAAAAACCAUGAUCGUUGGCUCAUUCCAGGGAGUUGUGCAAAAUGGAAGAACCAUGCUCGACUGGGAAGAGCUCACUGGGGCAAACAAGCGCGGUCUAUACAAAACUGGCGAGUCAAUGAAAGACGCUUUCUGGAAAACCUUCCUGGGAGGACACACGAUCCGGAAGGGAGAUGAGUGGCCCUUGGAGCGUGACCGCUGGGAGUCUAUCGCAGAAGAGUAUCGCGCACCAAGCCGCUUCGGCGUGAGUUCGUCGUCAGUGGCAUAUUCGCUCGCAGUGAGUGCGAGCCUGUUCUCCAGAGUUGUAAAUCAAGCAUUUGGAAAUUAUGCAAGCAAGAGCUGGCCCCCUGAUCUUCAAAGCCCAUUCCCCACUCAUGCUCAUGGCAGACGAAUGUUCAGGACGCAAAGUUCUUACAUCGGCUUGGGGCCCCGGGAGAUGCAGGUCGGCGACAAGGUGGCCAUAUGCUCAGGAGGCAAAGUGCCGCUGAUACUUCGAGCGUGUGGUGAUGGAUAUCUCUUCAUUGGCGACUGUUAUGUCCACGGCCUUAUGAAUGGGGAGAAAUAUGACGAGAAGAAGUGCAGAGCGUUGAGUAUAAAGUAAAUUGUCUACGCUUUCGUCGCCAUUCAGUG